GGAGCAGAGACACGGCUUUAGGAAAAUGAAGGUUUCGGUAAGACAGAGAUUGAUAUAUACAUUCCUCUGUUAUGAUAUGAACGUUUCUUUUACUAAUUUUAUUACACAGACUUGCAUAGUUACGUUAAGAUGAGUGAUGCAACUAAAGAAAAGUUCGAGGUUAACGUUGACUCUAUCCAUCACACUUCCAAUACAGAUACAAUUGAUGGUGAUGAUAUCAAUGACCUUUGGAAGUUGGAAGAGCCUGACAUUCACACGAGAAUGUUUUAUGCACAGAGAUCUAUAGAAACCCAGUAUGAUUAUGUUUCCCAAGGUUCAAGACUAUUCAAGUUCUGGAAUGACAUGAUUUACAGAAGUUUGAAAAUAGAGAGCUUAAACGAUAACGGCAAGGAGUAUCCCAAAUGGGUUAACAACAAUUUAUCUAUGAGAACUGCCCACUGGAUUGUUUGCGUAGGUUUAGUCACUUCGGAGAUAAUGGGUGCCUACUUAGUGCCCAAUUCACUGUCAAUGUUAGGUUACGUUCCUUCUAACAUUAUGUUGGUAGUAUGCUGUUUUGUCACGCUUCUUGCCGGUGGCGUAAUCUGGUGGGUGUUUUUAUUGUUUGAUUCUCCAGAAUACCCUGUGAAAACGUUUGCCGAUUUAGCUUACGUUGUGGGAGGGACUCCAUGCAAACAAGCAGUGAUUUUUCUUCAAUUGAUUGCAACUUUAUUAAGUUCAGCAACAAUUUUGAUUAGUGCUGCCGAAUGUGUGAUUAUUUUAAGAACGGACCGAAUGUGUUGGGUUGGAUUGAUGGUAUUGUUAUCUGGUGUCAUGAUGAUCUGUAGUUUCAUGAAAACUCUAAGCAAUAUCGGUAAAUACUGCUUGGUUGUUUCUGCAUGUAAUUAUGUGAACUUGUUUGUCCAACUAGGAUUUAUCGGUAAUUCAGAGCCAAAUUGGGCAAAUGCAGAGAGUAUUUUGGGUAUUCCUGCAGGUACAGUUGCUACUUAUGCUUUUGCUCCAGGCCAAAGCUUAAUGAAUAAAGUUGUUGCAGUGACCAAUAUUUCAUUUGUUUUUGCAGGUUCAAUUGUUUUCCCUGAAGUAAUUUCUGAAAUGAGAAGACCUUGGGAGUUUUGGAAAAGUAUGCUUGUGGCUCAAAGUAUCAUUCUUGUUGUCUAUUUGGUAUACGGAAACUACAUUUAUGCAAACCAGGGGCAAUUUUCAAACUCUCCAGCUGUUUUUGGCGUGAGUAACAUUAGUGCUCUCAAAGGAUUAGCUUUCAUGACAUUUGUUACAGGUUUCAUACAAAACAUCUUUUAUGGGCAUAUUUCAUGCAAGAUAGUCUACAAGAACUACAUGCCAUUGAUAAGUAAAACUAUUAGAUUUGAAUCAAAACGUGGUAUUAUCUUUUGGUCGCUAACGGUUUUUAUUGUUUGGGUCAUUAUCUUUGUCAUUGGUGCCGGUGUUCCUCAAGUUAGUGCCGUUUCGGCAUUCACCUCUUCAUUGACAAUGAUUCCAUUGACGUAUGUCAUUCCAUUUGCUCUUCACCUUUUUUCGCUUUACCGUUCAGCAAAUGAAAACUACAUUGAGGAUUUUGUACCACACCAGUCUAACGUUGGUGAUACCAGUGUCGUGGAGUAUCUCAGACGUGGAUACAAGAAAUAUCCUUUACUAACAAUUUUUUACACUACCUUAUGCCUUUCUUCAUUGGCCUUCUCGGGCUUAGGGCUCUGGGCUUCAGUUGAGUAUAUCAAAUAUAUAUUCGAUGUCACCGACGCGACGUCUUUUUCGUGCACUUCUCCGAUAUGAGAGAUUGAUUAUACGAAAUCAAGUUUUAGAUUAUUUCAGCUAUUCCUUUAUCAGAUUUAUGAUUUGGAGCUUAGCUUUUUACUGCUUUUUUAAUUAGAAUCUAGGUC